ACUGCAUCUUUGAAUUUUUGUAAACAAUUUGGAAAGCCGGCGAAAAUGGAUCGUCUGGCCAGAGUUUUCUCCCAGCAGGACGAACUAAUAGCCUUGGAUGCAGACUUUAAGGAUGAGUACGAAACUUUUAAAUCCCUGGACUGCUUGCCGGCGGAAAAGCGUCAGAGGAUACAGCAGCUGACAUUAAAACUACUGGAGGAUUUGGAGCAGCCGCAUGACCGGGAAAAGUGCGCGGAGAGAUCGCGGAAUCUGCGCGAGGAGGGCAACAUGGUGUUCAGAGGAUCCGUAUCCGCAGUCUUCCAGAACUGGGAGCGGGUUUUGAAAGCCUGCAGACUCUACACGGGAGCCGUUUUCGAGGCGGAGGAUGCCGAGGACGAGCUGGCCCUGGCCUUUGCCAACCGUGGAAUGGCCCUGCAGGAGUACGGGUUCUACAGUGAAGCGUACGACGACUGCGCCAACGCGCUGGACUGUGGCUAUCCGGAGAGGCUGCGACACAAGGUGAUCAUGCGGCAGGCCCACUGCGCCUGGAAGCUGCAGCAGAUUGCGUCCCUGGAGGAGCAUCUGGGCUGUCUGGAGCAGCUGCAGCUAAACGACACCUUCCUGCUGCAGCUGGAGGACCUGAAGGAGAAACUGCAGCUGCUUAAGAAACAAGCGAAGGAGCAGGAGCCACAAGAUCGGGGAGAGAGCAAAGCUCUAGAGGAAAUCAUCACAGAUCCUGGCCAACGUGGGCGCUAUAUGGUGGCCAAGGAGACCAUAAGCCAGGGCCAAAUCAUCUUCUCCGAGCGAGCCUCCUGCUUUGUUCCCCUGGAGCAGCGACUGAUUUGCCAGCAGUGCGCCGCCAGCUUGAUGAGUGCGCCCAUUCCCUGCUCCAAGUGCCAUCAGCGGGUCGUCUACUGCUCCAGGAAAUGUCGAGAGGCCCACUCAGCCAUCCACAGGUACGAGUGCGCCGCCUAUCGAAGGGAUCUGCUCAAGCUGCUGGGCGUUUCGCACUUGGCCUUGCGUCUGGUUUUGACUUACAUGCCCCAAAUGCUGCCGCAACUGCAGGAGUGCACCAGUGCCCAGGAGAUUUGGGCUAAGAUCACUGAUAUGGCCAAGAGCACGGACUCUGCGGAAAUCACUCCAGAGUAUUUGCAAAGUCUGCGGAUGGUCAGCCACUUGGAUAAGGCUUCUCAGGCGGAGCUAGUCUACCACAUUCUGUGUGCCAAUCUGCUUCAGGUUUACCUGAAAGAGCACACCGACUUCUUCGAUCAGUUCCACUCCUCGUCGGCCAGCACUCAGGAAUGGCAACUGAUUACAUCAGCACUGAUACUCCGAUCAGCCGGCCAGCUGUUGGCCAACGGUCAUGUGGGCGAUGCCCUGCUGCCAGUUGGCUUGGAGCCAAACGAGUUCGCCCUGCUGCAGCCGGAUAUGUGGCAGCGGCCGCGCCAUCUCAAGCUGGGCCAGUUGCACAAUUUGGCCCAUUCGGAGCUGAUCACGGCCAUAAAUCUGCCCCACUUGAGCCUGUGCAAUCAUGCCUGCGCUCCCUCUAUUCGAACCAAGUUCGACGGCUGUUCCGCGGUUAACUACGCCGCAAAGGACAUCUUAGCGGGCGAGGAGAUCUUCAAUUGUUAUACCAGGGAUUGCAGAAACAGCCUGAAGCUUCAGCGAUCCAAACCCCUAAAGGAGGUCUAUAAAUUCCAGUGCUGCUGCGACAAGUGCACUCGCACUAAUCCCGAUCAGGACUAUCUCACUUUCCAUCGUUAUCGCUGCGAAAAACCCAACUGCCGGCAGAUAUUUGUGCCAGACGUCGAGCUUCAACAGAAUAAUCUCAGCUGGUGGCUGCCAUCCAAUGCAGACAACUCGAUUAUUUGCACAAUUUGCAAGGAGCGUCAACAGUUCGCCUGGUACAAUGGCUUCCUCGACCUCAUCGAGAACUGUGCGGACUCAACACAAAGACAGGCACUAUUCAAGGCCUUCGAAGAUCUGGACAAAUGGCUAGUGGACCACCACAGUCUCAAAAGAAAUCUGGCGGAGGAACUAAUUACAGCCUUCUUUGUGGAAAUAGACGAAGGGGCUUUACUGGAUGAGUUGGUAUACGAAAAGCUGGCGGAGAUUAUCCGGAAACAGCUGGAGGGCACUGCUGCCCAGUGUGGCGAAUACUCCAUGGAGUACAUCACCCAGAUGACUUAUCUCUGGGAUCUCAUUGCACUGGAAAGAUGCCAGAGCAACGAAAAGGAACUUUUGCAUCUAAAAGGUAAGCUGGAGUAUCUGGCCAGCGAGCAUCGCGAGAUUUUCUUGAACUAUUACAACGAUUUUAUUGAGCAACAAUGUAAAUAACGAUAUACACGCAGUAAAUUCACUAGUUUCGAGCUACAAGCAA